AUGCACGAGGACAACCGAGAACAGGAACGCAACGUGACAACCAGCAGAUGGGCAAUAAAGAGAACAGCCACACCGGGUAUCACUGACACCACCUUGUACUUCAAAGAACAGUAUAAAACGAGAGCUCUUAGUAAUCUCUCACAUUGCGCGGCAUUAGAACAGCAAGGAAAUAUUUCCUCGUGCACGUGGGAUUACUCUGGUCUGGGACUCCAGUACCAGGUCCUUGCAGGCCCUGCCUUCGUUGCCGUCUUCACAACUGCCGGCGUCAUCAUUGGCGUCAUUGCAGAUAAGUUUAACAGGAAGAUAGUGGUAACAAUAUGCUGUGCUGUACUUACUGUCGCCACAGGUCUAACUGGUGCAGCUAUGUCAUACUGGCAACUGGUUAUUCUGAGGAUGACUAUGGGUGCUGGAGAGUCUGGUUUCUCGCCGGCGUGCAGCAGCAUGAUCUCGGAUAUGUUUCCAGAGGCGAAGCGUGCUCUCGCUCUGGGAAUUUUCAACUGGGGAAUUUACUUCGGGUACGGCCUCUCCUACGCCGUGGGAAAUUUCAUCACCGCAGCGGACAUUGCUGGCAUGCGCAAAAAGGCCUCUUAUUUCCACUGACAAAAAAACUGUCUUACGACACUAGAAACUCGCAUAUUUCAUUCGCGACACUUCUCCGGACCGGUCGCUACAGAAUCACUGCCAUGUUUCUUAGUUGUUGCCAAAGGUGCGGGUCCACCCCCAUUCCCAGGAAUAGUA